GGGCGCUGGUUUCUACAACAAUUUCGAACGAACAGGAGCCAUUGCCAAUCUGAAGAUGAGUUUUGAUUCGUCUCGUUCUCGUUCGGCAAAUUCAAAUGGAAAGUCGAAGCGGAGCUUUAACUCCAACUCUUCCGCCAGAACUGAUGAUAGUGGUAGAAAGAAGCAAAAGACUAACCAGAAAACACUUGGCAUGGCUUGGGGCGCCAAUUCUCUCUCUUCUUCCAAAUCAUCUUCUCGGAAAUCACCCUUCACUAAUUUUGGAAGUUACAUGGUUGAGAAGAAUCGAAAGCUCCGAGACCAGUUCGCGGCAGAAGCUUCGAGUUCUUCCCUUGGCGACUCAAAUUCUGGAAAAUCUCUGUUCCAUGGGGUUUCAAUUUUUGUUGACGGAUUCACGGUUCCUUCCAGUCAGGAGCUUAAAGGUUACAUGUUGAAGUAUGGGGGACGCUUUGAGAAUUAUUUUUCGAGGCAUCGUGUAACUCAUAUCGUCUGCAGUAAUCUUCCAGAUAGUAAAAUUAAGAACCUGAGGUCCUUCAGUGGCGGGCUCCCGGUUGUGAAACCCACAUGGCUGCUGGAUUCUAUUGCUGCCAAUAGGCUUCUUAGCUGGGUUCCUUACCAACUCGAGCAGCUUGCAAAUGAAACUCGUAAGCAGCAAAAAUUAUCUGCCUUCUUUCCCAAAAGAAACAUUGUCUCUGAGAAUAGUGAAACUCCAACAAACUGUUGUUCAAACAUUGAAUUGGAGGACCCAUUGUUGAUGGGUGACACAUCUAAGGGUGCACUGUUACCUGAAGUGGGCGAAUCCACAAAAGAUAUAAGCCAAUGCAGUGGAGAAUCUGUUUUUGAGAAUGGAAAUCAUGUUGAAGUAAUGGAAGAUGAUGCAGCUGCUGCUGAAAAAUCUUUUGAGCUGAAAACUUCAGAACCAAGUUCUACUGAUAUGGAAGAUGAAAAUAGUAUUGGAGAGGCACAUCUACCCAGUCCUUGCAGGCCUUCAUCUUCAGGUAGCAAUUACUGCUUAGAUAAAGGAUCACCAAAUUCAAGAACUGAGGGACCUUCUAAUAUGUGCCAUUCAACUCUCGGGGAUCCUAAUUUUGUUGAGAACUAUUUCAAGUACUCUCGGCUUCACUUCAUAGGUACCUGGAGGAAUCGGUAUCGUAAGCGCUUUCCCUGCUUACCUGGUGGAGACAAAUAUGGGAAACGUCAUGCUAUUGCUCCAGUUGCCAGCCAGAGAACUUCAAUUAUCCAUCUAGACAUGGACUGUUUCUUUGUCUCAGUUGUCAUCAGGAACCAUCCUGAAUUACGAGAUAAGCCUGUAGCGGUUUGUCAUUCGGACAAUCCAAGGGGGACAGCUGAAAUCUCAUCUGCAAAUUAUCCUGCUCGUGAUUAUGGUGUCAAGGCUGGAAUAUUCGUGAGGGAUGCCAAAGCUCAUUGUCCUCACCUUAUCAUUUUGCCUUACAACUUUGAAGCAUAUGAGGAGGUCGCCGAUCAGUUCUAUGACAUCUUGCACAAGCACUGCAAUAAAGUGCAGGCAGUAAGCUGUGACGAAGCAUUUUUAGAUGUGACGGAUGUAGAGGAUGGAGAUCCUGAGCGUUUGGCUUCAACUAUCAGGUUAGAGAUUGUUGAGACAACUGGAUGCACUGCAAGUGCUGGAAUUGCUGAGAACAUGCUCAUGGCUCGCCUUGCCACAAGAACUGCUAAACCAAAUGGUCAAUGUUAUAUCCCUCAUGAUAAGGUUGAUGACUAUUUACGUGAACUUUCAAUCAAGGUACUUCCAGGCAUUGGGCAUGUAUUAGAGGAGAAGUUGAAAAAAAGACAUAUUCAAACUUGUGGCCAGUUGCGUAUGAUUUCCAAGGAAUCUCUUCAGAAGGACUUUGGUGCCAAGACUGGUGACAUGCUGUGGAAUUAUAGUAGAGGAAUUGAUAACCGGAUGGUUGGAGUGGUUCAGGAGACUAAAUCUAUAGGUGCUGACGUGAAUUGGGGUGUGAGAUUCAAUGAUUUGAAAGAUAGUCAACAUUUUCUUGUAAACCUUUGCAAGGAGGUUUCGUUACGCUUGCAGGGAUGUGAACUACAGGGACGCACUAUUACCCUAAAAGUAAAGAAGAGAAGAAAGGAUGCUGAGGAGCCUACCAAAUAUAUGGGGUGUGGGGACUGUGAGAAUCUGAGCCACUCAAUGACGUUGCCAAUUUCUACUGAUGAUGUGGAUGUGCUUCGAAGGAUAAGCAAACAACUUUUGGGUUCUCUUCACAUCGAUGUCAAGGAGAUCCGUGGUAUUGGCCUGCAAGUUUCAAAGUUGGAAAAUGCAAAUUCCUCUAAACAAGGGAAUGCAAAAAACGCUUUGAAAUCAUGGCUUUUCUCUGCCUCAGCGAUUACAGAAGAACGUCAUAACGCUAGUUCUCUAACCAAAAAGAGGGUUGAUGGAGAUAAUGGGGUACAAAGUGUUGAUGAAAGUUCUCGUAAACUCAUCAAUUCAACUGGUUCUUCAUAUGUGCAUGCAAAUCAAUCAAGGGGAACUUGUUUAAACCAGGUUUCUGCGCUGCCGCCAAUAUGCCAUCUUGAUAGAGGGGUUAUUGAGAGUCUCCCUCCCGAAAUAUUUUCAGAAGUAAAUGAAAUGUAUGGUGGGAAGUUAGUUGAUUUCAUGGAGACAAACAAAGAUAAAUGUGGCAGUUUAAGUGGUUCUAUGUGCACCACAUCACAAGUGGAAGGUGCAGGAAAUAAGGGCAAGAGACCUCUUUCUCCAAAUGUGGUUCACCUAAGAAGCGUUACAGCUGAAGGCAUGUCUUCGGAUCCUGAAGUAGGAGUUCUAGGAAGGGAUAUCACUAAAAAAUUGCCACUGCCAUCUCCUGAAACUGAAAAGGCAAAUCAGGUGAGGCAGAAUACAUUCCAGGAAAUCCAGUCACUAGCUGUUUCUAUGUCUGGAUCCUCAAAUUUGAAUAUGACCACUGUGGGUGCUGAUCGAGUAGAUUUAAUGCCUGCCUCUUUAAGUCAAAUUGAUAUAUCAGUUUUGCAACAAUUACCUGAAGAACUGAAGGUCGACAUUCUGGAGUUACUUCCUGCACACAGAAUACCAGAAUGUUCUAGUGAUGCUACUCUAGAUCCCCCAAGGGAAUACUGUCAUGACACAGUGAGAAUGAAGAGCAAUGAAAAUCAUUUGAAGGGAUCUGAGUCAGCUUCAGAGAAUGGUAUUUGGGCUGGAAAUCCUCCGAAAUGGGUUGCGAAAUUUAAAGCCAGCAGUUGCUUGAUUUUGAACACUUUUUCCAAGAUAUAUUACUCAUCUGGGAUGACUGGGCUUUUGUCACCAAUUCUUCAAAGAGCAGUUUCUUUGCCUUCUCUUUCUCUGGAUGCAAGUCGUGAUGUUUGGGAUGAAGCUAUUUGCAGCUUCUCCGAGCUUCUGAAGCAGUACAUCAAAUUAAAGAUUGAAUCAGAUAUUGAGGAGAUCUACAUUUGCUUUCGUUUUCUCAGAAGGUUCACAAUGAAGUCAAGGUUUUUCCUACAAGUAUAUGAUACUGUUCUUCCUUUCCUUCAGAGUUCCAUCAAUGAACACUAUGGGGGAUACUUGCAUAUUUCAAAUGCAGAGUAGGGUGUCACUAUCAUUCAUUACAGAACCAGCUUGAUCCCCUUCCCC